UUCACAAAAUAAGCAUGCAGUGUAAACCUACAGUACAUAAUAUGUUAACAAGUAAACUAUAUUUUUAACGGUUUUGUUAGUGUGUUAAUGACAAAUACCAUUUGAAUUGUAAGUAAUCGUUGAGAGAGUAACACUAGCAAGUAUGCAUAACGACACCCCACUGUACUGCAAGGAGCAGAUAAAAAUUCCAGCUGCAUUGGCGGACAUCAUGAAACAAUUUACAAAGGCAGCAAUUAUUACACAACCACAAGACAUUCUAUCCUGGUCAGCUGAGUAUUUCCAAGCACUUACAUCUGGUGACCUGCCACCAGUGAAGCGCAGGCUCGAUCAAGCCGAGAUGAAAGGCAGGCCCCCAGUGACAAGAGAGCUAUUAUCGGAAUUACAUAAGGAGUUCAAUGCCAGGACCACCGUCGACGUCUCCGCGAUCAGAGAGAAAUGGGAGCGUCUGGGUCUCUCCCCCGAUCAGCUGAUGGAGUUUGUCACACUGGGGGGUUUCGAGGAUGACGUCCCGUGGUUACACUUCCUCGCGCUCGCCUGCAGUUCCGUUACGGAGGGACUUCUCGAGACGUUGAGACUCGUCUGCGAAAUGGCGAGACGGGAAGAUGCAGCGGAGGCGUCCGUCUCGUUCGAGAUGUUCGAGGAGGUCUACACGUUUCUCGCGACGACGGACGAGAGCAUCUCCCGGGAGAGGCUGGAGGGCGCGCUCAAGCAUCUCCGCAAAGUCUCUGAUGACCAGGGUGGAAUGAUCAGCCCUAAAGACUUUCUCGGCAAUAGCUGUCCUGAUCUUGCGUGACGUGGGACGGAGGAGUUGCAAUUCGACUGCUCACAGGCACUCACAUUCGAUUACGUCCUAUCCGCACGCGGCUGCCUUGACGACCAACGGUUGCCGUAGCGAUUACGCUUUCACUGAAUGUUACGGCUCUGUCGAGUGCAUGCCAUACAAAUAUAACCAUGCAAUGCUGGUCACCGAGUUGUGGUGCAUUAUGCAGUAUCUAAAUUACACGAAAAGUGUGGUUGUGUGCACGUGAAUACUAGGCAACGAAUUGGCGGGCACGCUUGAAUGGAGUAUAAUGUGGAUCUCACAUAAAAUAAAAUAUUUGAACAGUAUCAUUGUCAUUAUAUAUCUGUGUUCGUGAAUAUACAUCGAGUAAUGGUAUUACAUUCGUGUAUUAGUGGUAUUACAUUCUCAUGUAAUAACCCUUAUGAAUAAAAUGUACUUUUUUUUUUAUUGUAAUUGGUUUAAUGCAUUUCGUCACAAUAGAUGGCACUGUUGUCAAUUGAAAGAUUUGGGAGUCCGCGGUCACUCGUUGAACGUAUUUGGGAGAUAGCGAGAGCAAGCGAGAGAGACGGCUAGAGGGACCAAGGAGGGGGUGAAGCGUUGACAUAAAAGCUAAUUAUAUAUAGUAUUAGUAGCUGCUAGUCUCGGUCCGUUACUGUUGCCAGCAGCUGUGCAAGAGAUGCAAAGGCGAGCACACGCAGCAACUAAAAAUAAUGUCUGGAAGUUUACGUUUUGCGCGCCUGGCCCUUGGGAUUUUCGGCACGGGCUCACUCGCUGCCUUCGCGGCGUGGAAGUAUGACAAUGAGAAGUUGACAGCUCAGGCGUCGUGGACCACAAACUUUACGCCGAGUGUAGCGUGGGAUCACAACUGGGACA